GAUGCCCUCUCUCCAAAGAAAGCUAAAUUUCCGGCUACAUUUGAGGCCAAGGGUGGUAUCAACGCUGGUUUUGCCAAAACAUUCAAAGGAGUAGGAAGAAUGAAGAAUAUUGUCAUAUAUAACGUAUUUGGACUUCCAUUGCUUCGCAUGAAAGUUGCCUCUGUCUAAAGAAAGCUUUAGCGUUAUCCCAUCUCCUCAUUUAUCUAUAUCUCCCUAUAGAUGGGAUCUCUUUUCACCUUACUUGAAUAGAUCCAUUUGUAUUCGAUGGAAAACGAAGACGCAAAACAAUCAUCCAAGAGGGAGCCUUUCACCCAACUAGAUCAAGUUGACUCAGAUUUUGCCAUGGCACUGGCAUUGCAAGAACAAGAAAGGGCGUUUUCAAUGCUCGAAACCAUUGAAAGUGAUGAUAAUAGCGAGUCAUCCUAUGAAAGCAACAACAACGACUAUGAAUAUUUCGAAGGCCUCGAAGCUGGAGGUGACCUAGAGUUCGUUGAGGAACAAGAUAGCAAUGAUGAUGAAGAUAUGGAGGAUGAAGAAGAUGAGAUUGAUCCAGACGAUUUAUCUUACGAAGAGUUGAUUGCUCUAGGAGAGAUUAUAGGAGUAGAAAAGAGAGGGCUAUCUCAGGAUGAAAUUUCUUCGUGCUUGAUUCCAUGUAAGUUCCAAUCUGUUGAGUGCAAAACCGGGAUUGAUCGAUGUGUUAUUUGUCAAGUGGAAUAUGAAGAAGAGGAAGCUCUAGUUGUUCUUCCUAAUUGUGAACACCGGUAUCACUCAGAGUGCAUAACCAAGUGGCUUCAAAUUAACAAGAUUUGCCCCAUUUGCAGCUCCGAAAUUUCAUCAUCCAAGAGUGAUAGGAAUUUUUAGAUCUUUUUAUUAUCUGGAUUGGUACUGUAAAUUCCAAUGAUUCAAGCUCAAUUGUACAAUUGCAAUUCAUUGAAAAUAAA